GUCGUGACAUUACGGUAGAUUCGCUUUCACCUCUUUCCAGACGACGGCAGAGCGUGACAUAACAUUCAUAGUUUUAUGCACAGGAUCAUUGAAAUCAUUAUUCCAGACGGUACGAAUGAUACAUUGCCACAACUACUAAUCAUUAGCGAAAAAACACUGCGAUUGUCGCUUAUCAGCAAACGGCUCGUGCAAUUCCAGUUAGUACUGUAACAAAUUGUGUGUGAACUAGACCUGUGCUGGCAAUUCAUAUCGCGAAUACUGGAGGAACACGUGAAAUAAAACGACAGCCUUUCCCCCGUAAAACUCGUCCCUGUAAUUUAUCCCAGCUAGCAAAAUGAGCGACGAAUUCGAUGGAUGUGAAUGCAUUUGGAGUCACGAGAUCGCAAUGCGGCGGCUGUUAUCGCUGCUCCGAAAUGGUCAGUCCUACUGUACGGAGAACGAGUGCAUCGACUUGCCCAACGUGCCGAAUCAGGGUAUUGGAGACAACUUCUUCAUGAUGAUGCUGUUCAUGAUCUUUGCUGUGAUAUUGUACAUGAUGCGGCCGACUUCGCUCCGCAGGCGGAACGAUUUGAACAAAGGGCUGCCACCGUCCAACGAUGGACCUAAUAACGAUGGUGCACCGCCUGCCGUCAAUUGAUGAGAGUGGUCACUGACCAGCUAAAUUUUCGUUUGUUUUUUUUUUAAUUAUCCGGAACAUAUGAACAGGUCUUUUUCUCCAAUAUAUGUGGUUAGAGUGACGAUCAAACUUUAGAUCCGGAUUGUGACCAACUUUUUUCGAUUACAACUCUACAAGCAUGUUCAACCCAAAUACAACUAAAUAACUACAGACACGUGGCAUGCGAAAUUGAAAGCCGAUUACACUAAAAGAAAGGAAAUUUGUAUUCAAGUUAACAAUCGAGGGUUCCACUUGAGGAUUGUAUUGUUUAUAGCAAUCAUUCCUGUUCAUUAUUUAGAAUAGUCUGGAAUUUGAUGUCCUUAAUUAUUAUUAUGUUAAUGAAUUUUAGUUCCACAGUAUGUUUUGUUAGCAUCUCGUUAUUCCCGUUAUGCAAACCAAUAGCCUUCAGUGAUAGAUAAUUAAAGAUAUUGUAGAGACUACACUCUCGGACGGUGAAUGGUUGAUGCACUUUAUUUUUUAUUUAAAGUAUUAACUUUAUCACCCCUAUUAAAUUUCCUUAAAUCAAACAUGUAUAACACAUUUAACGGUUAUUUUUAUAUUUAUUUUAUGGUAUAACAAUAAUGUAGAAACACACACAGAAAAGACAUUUUGAAACAGAUGGGACCCGUUACGUUGAACUAAAAUUGCUUCCGGAACCAUGAAGAAGUUCAUUAUUGCCACAAUUCGAACACUGGGCUGUGCUGCUGUUGCAAGAAUCGCACUUUUAAAAAUAUUUCAGGCAAAAUCGUCUGACUUUUUCGAAGUUCUCGCUUGAGUCGGAGUGGUGUGUCCCGCAAAAUGUGCAGCUAUUGGUUGAGAAGCAGUUUAUAGAAAGGUGAAUGUCUGUUUUGGUGCUUUCUUUUAUGUAUUGUAGAUUUAUAUGCAUUGUAUCUUUAUCAAAAUGAAAACUUAUAAAACAAAACAA